AUGAUGAAAGGCAAGACAACAAGAGGAGGACGUGGGGGCGGGGGGGCAGACAGAAGAGAGACAAGAGAGAAGAGAACCACAGUCCAAACAUCCAUAUGGAUCGAAACCCCGGGAAACCGCCCGGAGUGUCCCCGAAGAGGUUCUUCUCCCUCUCCUAUAAAAGCAGCGAUAAUCACGGCGGCGGAGAGCCGUCUGAAGGCGGCGACACGCACCCGCACGCUGGGGGAAGACGAGGAGACAACACACAACGAUAACUGUGUCAUUGCUAGGAAUGCUUCCAUCCAGUGCUGCUCUGUCGGCCUCUUACGGUGCUCGUCAUGCUGGCGCUGCGGGAGCCUUUGCGGGCUACCCUGUACAAGCCCACCCCGUACAGCAACAACAGCAGCAGAUAUUGACCACCAGCCCUCCGCCGGAAACGCAGCUGCCAUUGUGCACGGGGCGGAGAAGCCGAGAGAUGCUGCCGAUGCGUACGAAGAGGUCAUGGCCGCGACGGCCGACGGCGGAGUGUGCGAGAUCAAGAUGGAUGACAGCGGCCGCCUGACGCACAUCUGGUGGCAAACGAAAGAGCAGGUGGCGCUUUGGAAUCGGUACGGUCACGUUGCGCUCUACGACGACACCGCUGUCAAGAACAGAUACCGUAUGCCUCUCGGUGUGCUCGCUGUCGUCGAUUCGGAGUAUCGGACGCGGAUCGUCGGCCAAAGCAUAACGGCCGACACCACAACGGACACUUUCCUGUGGAUGUUGAAGAGUGCGUUGGAGUCUCGCGGGAAGCAGCCGGAUACCUUCAUCCAGGACGCGGACGCGGCGAUGACGGCGGCGGUGCGAGAGGUGUUCCCGGACGCGCUGGCGAGGCGCAAUUUAUGGCACCUCAACCAGAACGUUAUCAAGGCCCUCGCUAAAGUCCUUGGUGGGUACAUGAAGCCUUUCAUGGACGAGUUCAGGUGUGUGCGUCAGCAGCUGUCAUUGGCGAAGUUCGAACGGAAGUUCAACGCCCUCAUCGAAAAGUACCCGAAGGCGGAGAAGUACAUGCAAGUAGUAUAUGACGACCGUGCACGGUGGGCGGAAUAUGUGUCGCCCCUGGUGUUCUCCGUGGGUUCGUGGACGACAUCAAGAGUUGAAGGCCAAAACGCCCUCAUCAGGGAUAGGUGCAACUCGCGCUCCUCGCUUUUGGACGUGGCGAAGUACUUUUCGGGCAUCAUCUGUUCCCAGAAGGAUGCCGCCAUGCUGCGUGACGCAAUCGACCAUCUGCCGCCUAAUCGGAUGGCGGCUCCACCAGCGACCGCUUUCAAGAGUGUGCUCGAGUCCUGCGAGUUCUCCAUCGCGGGCUGGCCGCGGCGGUUCAUGGAGCAAGAGAUGACCGCGGCCAUCACGUUUUGCCAGAUGGGUGGUGGGGAGGUGGAUGGACCAGAACGCGCGGCAGCUUCGGGGCGCACGUUCGAGUACAUCGAGGACAAGCUUUGCGACGCCAUUUACGUCUUCGGGAUUCACGAGCAGCGUGAUGACAAGGCCUUCGACUACCUCGUCUUGCUCUUUUCCGACGGUAGCCAUCUCUGCCAGUGCCGCACACUCCAAACUCUCAGGCUAUUUUGUCGCCAUGUGUGGGCGGCGAUGAUGUACAGCCCCCGAUUCAGAUUCCACGUAGGCCUCCUGCACGAGCACUGGCUGACGGAAAAGGCGAGGGGAACACCGCAGCAGGACUGGCCGGAUGUCGCCCGCCCUCGGUGGGUGGUAUCCAACCGCCACGCUGCGAGAGAAGUGGACGGGGCGGCGGGAGAGGGAGAGGGAGAGGGGGUGGGGGGAUGCAGCGGGAGAUGGAAGUCUUUCGUUGGGAGCAGCCAGACGGUGCAGACGGUCCUGUUGGACUUGAAGGAGAAGGGGCCCACGGACCAGGAUAGACAAGUGUUGUACGCCGACGUAACGAAGAAGCUCGGGCAAGCCAGCGAGUAUUUUGUCUGAUCGCUUUUCACCGACAGUCGCCGUAGCCCUCGUGGACCAAUUUCUGACGAUGGUCAAUGCGCAAGCAGGCGGGGUAGGAAUUACAACGACGGGAGGGCGGGGGGCGGCUCUCUUCAUGGCCAACCCUGGAACUGUUCGCCUGCCCGCUAGGACAAGUAAUAAAAGACGACCUGGCGCUGCAGAAAGAUACACAAGAGGGGGUAGCAAGAGAGCCGCGACUUCGGGGUCCCAACUCUAGUUUCGGUGUUGCAUACUUUGGGGUACGUGAGUAGCGGUACGCGGCCCUAGGUUUACGACGUCACCGGGGCAUAUGCCUGAACGAUGUUUUGUCCCCCCCCGGCGGCAGGUCAAGGCUCGGUGUGUUGUUUAUUUUUCGCUUCGGCGUUUUUGCGCCGAUCGCCGUCUGUGAUGUUGUCGAUUUUGUGUUUGUAUGUCUAUUUGGUUGUUGCGGUGUAGCGUUCGAUGGGGCCAUCUGGUUCCUGUCCUGUUUUUAUUUCUUUUGUUCCAUUUCCUUUUCUUUUCUUUCUUCCGCCCCCUUUUUUGCCGUGUUGGGGUCAUAUCCAGGUCCUUUCAUUUUUUUGGUGGGGGUCAGUCUAUCAUCAAAUCGCUGUUGGAUAUUGAUUGUUCUGUUUUGUUUUUUUCUGCGUCUAUCUGUGCUUGUCGACCUGUGUGCUCUGCGAAGAAAACCGUGUGAGCCGCGUCUCGAGUUUGUUGAGCGGGCCUGCGGUGUGCGAACUAAACGAUGCCUACAGAUUUUGACGGCCC